AUGGCUGAUAUCCACAAGACACACUAUUCCUUUGGAACUGAUGAUUGGCGAGUUUUAUCCACAUAUUGGAAGGACUUCGGACCUUCCGGAUUGUCUUUUUACAGACCCAAACCACUUAGGCCUCCGUCUCCAGCCCAGGUGCUUCCAACCCCGAACCGAAGUGACGAAAAGGCAAAAUGGUUGUCUUCAAACAGGAGAGAUUUCCUCAGUUAUAUCGGCGACGUCAACCGCGAGACCUACUUCGGAUCUCAGCAGGAGUUCAACGAGGUCAAAACGUUCAACACAAUAUGCAGACCUAGCGUCUGGAAUGCCAAUGAGAAAUUACCUCCCCUGAGUCGAUCGACCUUGGAUUACCGGCCACCGAGUGUCGCCACUGGCAGCCCUAGCUCAACACCAGAACUUUUGGCAAAAAUCAAAAGCAAAAAUAGACGGAACAGGGCGUACAAGGAGUCGACAUUGUUGACAGAAGCCAUGCAUGCAUUCCAAUGGCCAACACGAAAAAGGAUGAAAUCCAUGUCACUGAUAUGUCAAACCCUGAAACUACCAGCCGUCAAGUAA